AUGCCGUGCACGAUUGUUGUCUGCCAGUACGACGACAGCGAGGACGACGAGGCCGAGGGGGGUAGGAGACGGCAGCCGGUUACGGCGGCCAUCCGCGCUAUCAGGGCGGACAUCAAGACGUACACCGAGGAUGUACCCGACUCGCAAAGUGAGCGUUUUUCGGCGUUCGUGGCGAAGUUCGACCUAGGCGCCCGAACGAAGGACGUGGCGACGAUCCUCAAGGAGGACCCGGUUGUCACCAAGAUCCACACGCAGUUGGUCCCUGAACACCUGACGUACGACGAUUUCUGGACCCGCUACUUCUUCCGCGCGGAGAAGGUGGCCAAGGGCAAGGCCGGCGGCGGCAUGUCGUUCCCGAACGAAGGUGAGGUGGUGUGUAUGUGCUCUCGCUCGUGCUGGCCCGGGGGGAAGGGGGUCGAGCUCCAAGCCCACAGUUGA